UUAAAAUUAUCAUUGAUACGUAUCAGUAAGUACUUACCUACUAUUUUUUUAUAAAUAAUCGCCGACUUUACAUACUAAUGUUACUAAGGCAAAAUAUACGUCAAUGUACUAAGGGCAAAUGAAGCAGAUUUUCGAAGUAAAAUUUAAUCAUACGGCAUUGUUUAAGACCAUAAUAAUACUGUCUCAAAUUCAUACAUUUAUAAAGAAAAUACAGGGGGAUAACCAUUAGCAAUGAGAUCAUUUCUAAUACCCAUACAUUUGAACAUCCAUAUUUGUGUGUUAUGUUUUCAUAUGUACCUACAAAUGCAAAUAAAUGGUUUUAUAUCCAUAUUUUCAGAAAUGGAGCCAAGGCAAGGGAGAGCGAGCCAGGAACAACAAAUGGCGCUGUUAGAAUUUAUGGAAAAGUAUGUAUUACCUUUACAAGGAUAUAAAUUUAUACUAUUAUUGGUUUUUCUUUAAGACUACAUACUUUGUAUCAUUCUUAGAUGUAAAUUGUAAUUUAAAUUUGAUUGCAAGUGUCACAUGGGUGGUGGUUAUAACUUUAAUUGUUUUUUCUUUGUUUUAGCCAUGGUGACUUGGCAAAACCGCAGCCUGGUCCACAAGGGCGGUUGUUGUCAAACCAAUUAUGGACCGACUUAACGGAACUUCUGAACUCCAUGGGUGGGGGGGUACUAAAAUCCACCGAAAAAUGGAAAAAAGUAUGUCUAGAUUACUGUCUUAGAAUACUGGCUCUAUAUAUUAUAAUAUUAAUUCUUAUCAUCUUACAAGUUAUUUAUUAAAUUACUAAUUCUUUUAAGGUAUGGGCGGACUGGAAAACUAAAACUAAAAAAAAGCCAUCUUGAUUAAGCGGCACACGUCUGGAACGGGGGGAGGCCCAAGUAAUGGGCUGACCCUCACAGCGCCGGAAGAAAGGCUGAUUGCCAUAAUGGGAGUUAAUGCUGUGGAGGGUCAGCCUAACAUCUCAGAGUUGGGAUUCAAUAGACGUCCAGUGAAUCCAAGUCAUGCAAAUCUAGUGCAUAGAGAAGAUGCUUCGUCUAUCAUCAUUCAAGCUGAAGUCAAUGACCCACAACAGCCUGAGCUCCCCGAACAGUCUGCUGAGCUCCCCCAACAUCCUGCUGAGCUCCCCGAACAGCCUGCUGAGCUCCCCCAACAGCCUGCUGAGCUCCCCCAACAGCCUCGAGAACGCCAUGCUGCGCCUCGGCGACAGCGACACAGGGAGCUGGAGUCGCCCCAUUCGUCCUCACCCACUACUCCGCAACGAAGAACACGCAGGAGAAGAGAAACGCCGUUUGAAAGGGCGUGUAUGGAGUUCACCAAGAUAGAACGAAGGCGUCUGCAGAUGGAACAAGAAAAAGAGAAAAUGCACCACGAAAGGGAAAUGCUGCGGCUGCAUUUAGAGUCGGAAAGAAUUCAAGUGGCAGUAAGAACAAAUGAACUUCUAAACAGUUUGCUACAAGUCAAUCAAAAUAUUUUAAACGUUUUAGGCGUAUAAUAUUAUGGUGCAUUUUCUCCCUUUCUUUCUCCAUCUGCAGCUACAGACGCCUUCGUUCUAUCUUAGAGAAUCUUAUAGUAUAAGUUGGUUGAUUAUUUGUUAAGAUUUUAAUUCAAAUAUACUAUAGUAGUUAGAAGCAUGUUACUAGUAAGUAUGUCUUU